AUGUUCCCGCAGAGGCGCGUGUCGUCUCCCGGUAUCAGUGGCUCCAUUGGAGCUCCGUUGUACAUCCCGGCUGACGCUCCCAACUUCGACUGUACGAGCUUGCUUCUGAAAGAUAAUUCUGAAAUUCACCUCCUGCUCAUCCACCAAACGAUGGUUCUAGGACUCUUGAGCGCCGUAGCUGCUUGCCCAGCAAUUGUCGGAACUACGGAAGCUGUGCGACAUGGGCAGAAUGCAAACGCGAGGGAACGACAUCGCGGGGAAAAGGUCAACCUUGUUGUCGAGCUUCCCACCAAGAACGCCUACAGCCCAAAAUUUGAUGGCGCAUUGGUUGUGCUCAAGGAUCACAAGCACGCAGACUCGAGUUUCUCUCCCAGUACAAUCCACCCCUUCGCCGGGUAUUAUCUACCAUACCCGGACAGCCAGGGCAAAUGGAAGACCGCUGGGUGGAAGGGCGAGGGACUGGUCACCACCGUCAACGAGGAAAACCACCUGAACUGGGUGUAUGUCGACCGUCAGACCCACGAGGUGCGACAUGGUGUCAAGUCAAUCGCGAAGAGCCACCAUACCGGGCCAUGGGACUGUACGUCUAUCGACAAGCGAAUGACAUUCGAAGGAUGGGAAGGGUUCAUCGCUGUCCAGGAGGACGAGGACGAUGACCUGUGGGCAUUGUAUUUCGACCUAGACAACGAUGGCCUUCGCCGAAAGGAGUUAAUCGCGGACAAGACAGGAAUGGGAAGGAGGUACAGGAUGCUGGAAGUGCAGCUAGUCCGGAGAGAGAGGCCAAAGGCUCACGAUAUGGCGAUAGGAGAGAGGGUGGAGAGGAUUAGGGCGAUGGAGGAUAGUGUCAAGCGGGAAGAGGAGUCGGCGCUGGAUCGGCAGACGUAA